AUUUUAUCAAAGAUUUUCUUAUAUUUUACUUAUCAAAACUCAAAAUAGGGGAAGGCCCGAAGGGUGUAAAAACCCCGGUCCACACCAUCAUAGCAAAACCUCAGAGGAAUCGAGGGAUCCGGUCUAGAAUUUGAUCCGCAGCAUCAUUUGCACUUUUGCAGAUUGAGGUGGCGGGAAAACUGAAUAACAAAGAGACCGUGUUCGAUCGACCAAUCAAGACUAAUGGAGGUCCUGAAAUCACCAUUGUCAGCCUCACAGAAAGGGAAGCUGAUUUCUGCAGGCUACACUUCCAUUAAUUUGCUUUCUUCAGUUUCUCCUUCCCAUCUUGCACUAGAACUGAAGAUUUCAGAAGCUGAGGCACUUGAAAUUUUAAAAACUGUAUCAGAUGGUAGUAGAUCAGAAAGCACCAGUACCAGUUGCACAAUUGUCAAAGGUGCCCAGAGUGCAUGGGAUAUGCUUCAGGAAGAGGAAACCCUUGUACGUAUCACCACUUCAUCUUCAGAUUUUGACAACAUUUUGGGUGGUGGAAUAAGUUGCAAGGAAGUCACUGAAAUUGGUGGAGUUCCAGGCAUUGGUAAAACACAACUCGGAAUUCAACUUGCAGUAAAUGUUCAAAUCCCAUUUGAUUAUGGUGGACUUGGAGGCAAGGCAAUUUACAUUGAUACGGAAGGUAGCUUCAUGGUUGAACGAGCUUUACAAAUUGCAGAAGCUUGUGGUGAUGACAUGGCAGAAUACAGUCGUUUGUAUCGAAAAGGGUUUCAUUCCCAUGAAGUCAAAAUUCAACCCAAAGAUUUUCUUGAAAAUAUAUUUUACUUCCGUGUAUGCAGUUACACCGAGCAAAUUGCACUCAUCAAUUACUUAGACAAAUUCAUCACUGACCAUAAAGAUGUGAAGGUGGUUAUCAUUGAUAGCAUCACAUUUCACUUUCGUCAAGAUUUUGAUGACAUGGCAUUAAGAACUAGACUGCUUGGUGGAAUGGCUUUAAAGUUGAUGAAACUUGCUAGAAAAUUUGGAGUAGCGGUUGUUGUAUUGAAUCAAGUGACCACUAAGUAUUCAGAUGGUUCAUUCCAUUUAGCCCUUGCACUCGGUGAUAGUUGGUCACAUGCCUCCACAAAUCGGAUAAUUUUACAUUGGAAUGGAAACGAACGGUAUGCAUACAUUGACAAAUCACCCUCUCUCCGAUCGGCAUCUGCACCAUAUUCCGUGACAGGAAAAGGAAUCAGGGAUUCUCCCUCAAACAACAAAAGAAUUAAAAAUAUGUAACUUUUAUUAGUUUACAUAUGAUUCUUGUGAGCCCAUUUAAAAAAGCCCAUGUGGUUGUAAGAAUUAAGAAGGGGAAUGUAACCAUGUAUGACUGUAUGUUAAUCUGUAAAUUGCUUAUGGGAAAAGUGAGAAAGUUUUAGUGAGC